GUCGCGUCGUCGUUCAUUUAGAGGAGAUUGUUUUCCUACCCGCGGCGGAAUGUUGUGCGGCUCGCAAAAUAUAGUGAGUUUUCUGGAAGAAGUCAACGUUUGCAAACGUGAUUAACCAUGGUGGUGCUCCUUGCCGCGCUGGUCCUGGCCGUGCAGGCCAACGCACACAACCACAACCGGCACUCGCCCCGGCCCGCGCGCCACGUCAAGCGGCACCUGGAGGAGUUCCUGGAGCCGCCGCCACCGCCGCCGCCGGGCAGGGGGGCGGCGUCCAUCGGCGCGGCCGUGGUCCGCAGCAGGAGGGGCAACGCCCCCGGGCCCGCCCCCGGCAACGCCGCCUCCGGCCCGGCCCCCGGCGGCGCCGCCUCCAACCCGCCGUCGCUCAGCCUGGGCGAGCGCAUCGCACGCUGGUUCUACGCGGGGCCCAACGACGGCCCCGGACUCGGCAAGCAGCACGGCAACAAGGGCGGCCCGCUGACCAACGAGACGCCCACCAUGGUCGGGCUGUCGCCGCCGCCGCCGCCCCCGGGGGCUGCCGUGCCUGCGCCGCAGCAGGGCCCGCCUCUGACCGCGGAGGCGGCCGCGCUGUCCGAACAGAAGCCACCGCCCGCGCACCCCGUGCAGCAGCAGCAACAGUCUUCCGCGCAAGUGGACCAGCACGCCAGCGGCACGGAGCACCACGCGCAGGGCUACCAAGGCGGCGGUGGUGGUGGCGGCGGCGGCGGUGGCGGCUACGGAGGCAACCAGGGCGGCUACGGAGGCCGGCAGCAAAACUACCCGGUGCUCAUGCCGCAAUCGUACAUGCGCACGACGGACUGCAACCCGUGCAACAACGUGCCCUGGAUCCCCAUGUCCCGGGCGCAGCCCGACACACGCGACAACGGCCCCCAGGACAGCUACGGGCCGCCGGCCGCGGGCGAGGCCUGGGGCCAGGCCUCUGACGCCGUGCCGCUGGCGCACGCGCCCAUCGCCUUCCCCGCGCUCCACAAGGGGCCGCUGCCGCCCAUCUUCCCCGCCGAGGACUUCACCCACGUGGCCCCUGACCCGCCCCCGCAGCCCGUCGGCCUGCGCGACCACCUGGUGCCGCCGACGCCCGAGCACGAGUCGGUGGUCUUCACCAUCAACGAGGAGACCCCGCCGCCGCCACCGCCCCAGGUGGAGCAAGCCGGCAAUGAGCUGGAUGGCGUCGGCGAGCUCAAGUCCGCCCCGGACCAGGUGCACCAGGGCACCCUGCAGCACCACAACGUGCACCACCAGCAGCAACAGCAGCAGCAGCUGCAGCAGCACGCCCUCGCGCAGCACCAGGUGUCGCCCCACUCGCACCACCACCACUACCAGCACCACGGCCAGCACGUGCACCACCACCACGUGCCGCCGCCGCCCAACAGCCUGCACCAGCAGUCCUACAGCGCCAGCCUGGCCAAGGGCGCGGCCCACUCUGGCGGCGUCGAGCUGGUGCAGAGCGUGCCUAUCGCGUCGUACCUGGCCUCCAUCGAGUACCCCAUGACGUUCAUCCAGUCGCCGCUCAUCGAGAUCCCCGUCAAGAGCGCGCCCUUCCAGACCGCCCCGCACGGCUUCGUCCCGCAGCAGGUGCAGACGCAGGCGCAGCCGCAGCAGGUGCAGCCGGUGCAGCAGCCGUACCAGGUGGUGGCGCCGACCCCGCUGAGCAGCGGGGUGCACUCCGUGGACCACGUGGAGACGCACGCCGGCGCGCUGCCGCUGCAAGGCGAGUCGGCGCAGCAGGCCCCACACGCACCCCGGCUGUCGGACUCGGAGUCCUCGGCCGCCAUCCAGCACACGCAUAACCUGGCGCCGCCGUGCCGCCACUACGCGGCCGCGCUCGCCGCCGCGCAGGCGCAGAUCCAGGCGCACGAGGCCCAGCGGCAGGCCAGCGGCGGCUACAGCAGCGGCGGCGGUGGCCUCCAGGAGCACCACGAGGACGCGGCGACCGCCAACUCGCAGAACUCUCACGCGUACGCGCAGGAGGUGGCGCACUUCGAGAGCCACAAGGUCACCGGGCCGACGGCGUCGCCCAACAACUACCGCCACCUAGAGGACGCCUCGUCGCCAUCCCCCGUCUGGUCGUCCAGCACCGCGUCGCCGGCCACCAGCGCCUGGGACACCUCGGCCGCGGCCACCGUCACCGCCAACGGCGCCAGCGGCUACUCCGCGCCGUCCGCGCCGUCCGCCCCGGAGACCGCACCCUCGGCGCCCGCCGCACCCAGCGGCAAGAAGAAGACGAAGCAGAUACAGAUCAUCGUGCCGUACACCAUCGACAAGGAGAGUGGACAGGUGCGCCUGCACAGCGAGCUCAUGCCCGACGAGCUGUCCGGCGCGGGCGCCGAGGCCGAGGGCGUCCUCUCGUACACGCCGCCGCCGGAGCUGCCGCCCUCCGCCCUGGCCGAGCUACCCUCCGGCCUCGAGGCGCUCGUGCAGCAGACGGCGCGCAAGGUCCCGCACGGCGUGACGCACGUCGCCGCCAACCACCAGCACCAUCACCAGCCGCAGGCCCAGGAGUCCGUCGUCGUGGCCGAGCUGAGCCCGACGCCCUGGCAGGCGCAGCAGCAGGACAAGAGCCCCGUGUCCGCGGCCGACCCCUUCGCCGGGCUACAGCACAUCUUGGCCACGGACCUGCGCACCCUCCUCCGGAACGAAGAGGACUCGGUGGACCGGCUACGAUUGCAGAAGAACAUUGACAACUGGACAGCUCAGGAGUACUCGUCACUCAAAGCGAUCAGAGACACUGAAGGACAGGAGGCCAACCCCGGCAUCGUCACGUUCAACUUCACGUCCACGACGGCGUCUGUCGGCACCUCCCCGUCGGCCGCCGCUUCGCCUUCCUCUGCGCACGCCAAGCUUAUACCGUCCAAGAAAAUCCCCAAAGAGUACCUUACGACCACGCCCCUGUCCGUGUCCACCACGCCCGUGACUCCGUCGCCCACCUCGAGGUCACCCACGUCCAGGUCGCCGUCGGCGCUGUCUCGCAAGAAAGAGGCGGCUGCGGACACGACCAAACGCCCCGCCAAGAUACACCACGUGAGGAAGAACGUGACCAGGGACGACCGGAGGACCAAGAACGGUUGGACACUGGUGGAGAACCUGGUUGUGCCUGGGCCCACCACAACCACGGUCACCAGCACCACCUCCAGGACCAGCACCGCGGCUCCAUCGACCAGCGCCAUUCACCGCAGCACCACCCCGGCGCCCGCCACCCCGGACAACCAUCGCUCCUCCGACCAGACACGCGCGCCCUGGGAGCGCCUGCAGGUGUCCAUCUCGCCACUCACCAGAGAGAAGGUGUACGUCGUGACCCCGCUGAGCACGUCGGCCGGCGAGUCCACCUCCGAGAGCCCGGCCUCUGCCCCGACCAGCAGUGGCGACGGCGGCUCCGAGACGACGACCGGCGACGGCGCGACCAAGUCCGUCAACAUAAACGACCUGAGCCCGUUCCGAAAGUGGAUGGACGUGCCUAGCACGACGCCGGGUCCGGCCACCUCCUCUACACAGCACACCCGGGCGCGCUUCUCCAUCCGGCCCACGCCGGGCUGGCCCAAGCCGCGCCCCGUCGGCUUCAGGAACACGGCCAGCACGGCCACCGCGGAGCGCCUCUCAGGUGCGGACACCACCACGACGACGACUGCGGCGGACAAGGACGUGACCAAGACCUCCUCCAGAGCGACUCCGCGGGGCUUCGCUGUCGAGACCAUCUCAGGGCACUCCAAGGUCUUCACCGCCACCACUUCAGCGUGGUCCAAGAAGAAGGCCGUGGACUCGGACACGAAGAAGACAACGACUGUCAAGCCCACCACGGCGAGCGUAGCCGGCACGGUCGGGUCCAGGACAACCCGCGCGCUCAAGGCCGACAAGGCCGCCGACGGUGACGACGCCGUCGAGGUGGUGACGGCGGCGCCGCUCGUGGCCGCAAACCACAACCACCACGUCGACCUGAGCGACAUCGACGCGGAGGCCAGCGCGAGUGUGCUGCAUCGGCACGUCGCCCAGCUCACUCCUCUGGGGGCGGUCGUCCUGAACCCGUCCACGCCGUCGCCUUUUACAACCACGACCACCGAGGAGAGUGUCGAGACCCCAACCACCGCCGCAGUCGCCGACGGCCCAGAGAUCAUCAUCGUUGAGGGGCGCCGGGAGACGUCGACCGCACCCACCACCACGGAGGCGACGACCACGGAGGCCUCGACGACGCCGGGCACGACGGAAACGUCCACAUCGGGGCCCACCGUCACCGAGGCCACAUCGUCCCGCACCACACGUGCCAUCAAGACCAUCGGCCGGCGCCCGGACGGCUCGCGGUACAUCCUGUCGGAGGACGAGGCCAAGCAGUUCAAGCAGCAGAACGGCCUAGCAGCACAGCGCACUAAGCUGCAGGCCGUUUCAACGCCCAAGAAGUACGAGUCGCCCCCGCCGAGGCCCAAGCCGCAGAAACAAGCGGCGGUCACCGACGCGCUGUUCCGGCGCAAGCCGAGCCGCCGGCCCGCGCACCUGGUCAUGACCCCCGACCGCGGCUCCUAUCUCUGGAACUUCUCCGAGUUCUCGGGCACGUCCCACGAGGACAUGGCCGAGGACGACGUGAGUGCCAUCAAGCGUGUCGUCGUGGAGCUCAAGAAGGAAUCAUCACCCGCACCAUCGACGACCUCGUCCUCGUCCCUGUCCCCUUCCCCGUCCCCUUCCCCGUCCCCAUCCACGUCACACGCGACGUCAACGACGCCGUCGUAUACUACCGCAAACAACACAAGUAGUAGUAGCAACAACAGCAGCAGUGUCAUCAUCAGCAGCAACAGCAGCACAGUCGUGCCAGGAGCAUGAGAACAGCCUUCCUUAGGACCCCGUGCCGCCGCGGUGCGGAGUGUGGCACAGCAAAGCGAGGUCCUGGCGCGGAGCUGCCGGUCGUCGUGGACUUAAAUCUCAUUCCACAUUUCCUUCUAGUCGGAUUCGGUGGUUUUAUACCCGCUGUCCAUAGCGUCAUAUUUAUUAUGGGAGGAAGGAACGUGUCGGAGGAGUGAAGAAAAGACGCUCCUGAAGGAUGGAGAUUUAAUCGGAUUGGUGCCCGGUACCGGAAUUAAAUCAUGUCCGCACGGAACCUCUCUUUGACACCCGGUAGCCCUCUGCCAAACCCCUUGUUUCUAGUAUGUGAUGGAGAUUCUAGCAGCUCUUAGACAUGUGUAUUUCAGUCUCUGAACUGACACCGUGAAUGAGAUGACGGGCCAGCAGUUUCUCUAAGAAAAAAAAAUAUUGGGAAGGCAGAUUGAGAGAUAGGAACCUUUCUUCAAUCUGCCAUUUCAAAAG